CUACCUACCUACCUACCUACCUACCUACCUACCUACCUACCACUUGGAGUUUCUGUGUCGUAAGGUGUAUGCAGCCAGCGGCACAUAACCAAUUACAUUCUUCUAUGCGCACCACAGUAAUGUUCCAUCUCAUGAUAUGAGGGUCCAACAUCGUGAGGAGAGGGGAUCCAUCAUGUACUUUGGUACUGAACUACAGUAAUAUUACUGAGAUCGGCUUUGUUAGCCGCGGGACCGAGCCAAAGAACAAUAGUUUACGGUUGUAAUUUUGGGCUCUCCGCCGCGAUGGUCAGAUCCCGGCCAGUUGGCCCUCCUUACGUUAUCUGGAGAUCUUCCACGGUAUCUCGGUCUCCGUCUUCGGCCUUUUCCUGUCCCUGGCUGUCUUCUCCCGAUUUGCUUCUGCAUCUCUAACUUUUACACCUGCUCCUCUCUCUCUAUUCAUAUCAGUACAUACUCAUUUGAUGAGGGUGCGACUCUGACCGCAGGAUUCCGUCGACCACCCUCCGCUCCGCGCCCGUAUUUACCAGUUCAAUAUAACAUACUCGACCAGGUCGCUGUCGCCGCCGUUUUCCAACCUCAGAACCCACCAGGCACGUUGAUCACGAAUAGGAGAUGUAUAGAAGAGCCUUUUUCCUUGAUUGAUACUCGGUUGGGCAGGUUCUCAUCCAACAAAUCUAUCCCUAUCCCUUCUCGGCACACCUUCCGAACGAAUCGUUUCAAUGACCACUCUUCUGUCCCUCGGGUACACCAUGAACUUGACAUGAUACCUCACUCUUCUGCCGGCGUCCAAGCUUGGGGCAAACCCCUGCGCACAGUCGAUAACGGCCCUGGACGUGUAGAUGCUUCUCAGGCUCUGAAUUUAGCCGACUUCCGGUCCGAAAAGCAAUCUACACCCGUUCUGUCGGCGCAUUCUGCGCCGCCAGCGGUUAUCGAUCUCACAUCCAGUGCGGGCGAUACGCAGGAAAGGGAGCCCCCGGCGAAGCGAUUGAAGUUGGAUGCAUCUGCCGGAUCAUUCCCCACGGAUGCGAGCCUUGCGGCGACGAGUGGCGGAGUGGCAAGGAAUACUCCAGGGAUAGUAGCUCCUGCGAAGCCUGCCUCACUCUCAUGGCGGGGUCGCCCAGUAUGGUCAUUCCAGGCCUUGAUAUCGGAGGCGUCAGAUACCACCGAGGAAGGCUCGAGUUCGACCCCGGGCAGUGGGCGGCCUGCGUCGCCGCCUCCAUUUCCGCAUUUGCCCUGGAAGUCGCUGCCCAUCGACCAGUUUGGAAGCAAUGCGAUGAAACCACGGGAUCCCACUCCCGCCAAAAAAGUACAGACGACUCCUUUUCGCGUUGAAAUACCAUCCGAUGCGCCAGUUCUCAAAGGAGAUAGAGUUGCGGAUUUCUCGCCAUGGACCGGAAAUCAUCCAGAGGAUGUAUUAAAUGAUCAUUCGGUGAAACAAGGACACUAUGACCGCACGCAGGUAUCGCAAAACGAGUCCAACACAGCUCGUCCGUCACUCUAUGCGCAAUUGAAGCACCGUUCCGGCUUGCAGAUGCUUUCCUCGGUCUUCAUGGCAGCUCUUGAGAAAAGACAGAGCCACAACAUGGUCACUGCCCCAUCUAGCUUCAAGCCACCACCUCGAGUCACCUUGACGGAUAACAAAAGGGAAGCGUGGCUUCGUGAUCUUGCCAACCCAUCCGUUCCCCUACGCAGAUUGAGUCGGACGAUACCGCAUGGUAUUCGAGGAAAGGCACUUCUUGACCAAUGCUUGAACAAAUGGAUUCCAGUCAGCCGCGCUGUGUGGCUUGCAAAGUGUGUUGGAGCCAACGAGAUCCGGGCCUUCAAAAGAAAGGGUACCAGCGGGACACUCGCGCUGGGCUUGGAGGCCAAAUGGGUUCGCGAGUGGACGAGUGGUGUACAGCAGUUUCUUGAAGGAGUGAUCGGGACCUGCGGCUCGGCAGAGUGGAAAUCGAAGAUGACAUAUGCGGCAAGUUUGACCGCUCGAUUGUUUUUCGAGCGCUUGCUGGACUAUGACCAGUACUUUACCUGGUUUUUAGCCUCGCUAGAUAGCGCCUCGCUUAAUAUGCUUCCUGUGUGGCUAUUGAUGCUCGGUAUAUAUUGGAACAGCAUCUUGCGAUACAGAAAACGUGGAAGACGGUUGGCUGAGCUGCUUCUUGAGAAGCUGCAACAAAUCAAAGAUAUCAGGCGGCCUCUACUAUUCCAGCCCCUUGUUGACCGGCUAUCAUGCUGUAUUAGAAAGCUGGUUCUUGAACAUACAUCGUCGCUCAUACUUCCGAGUUCUUGGGACACCUACAAAGACCUCAUUCGCUCCUGUUUGCAUAUGAAAGAGACUGCGGACAAGGCCAUUUUUGACGCCCUUGCAGAACGCAAUGUGCGCGUACAGCUACCCAAAUCUCGACCGGAAUCCACGCAGCAAUCGGCGCAACAGCGAGCGUUGCAUUUGUUUGAUUCAAUACACUCGUCCCACGAUUUUCCUUCUACGUCCAUGGCGUGCCUCAACUCGGUCGAAGACAAGCCAGCCCUGGUCGCCAAGCUUCUAGAAUGGUCAGCAACUCCUUUCCGCUCUGGUCUUUGUCGUAUAUACACGGCGGCGAGACUCUUGCGAAAGUGGAAGAUGUCCGGUGUUGAUAUUGACUCCUACAUAAUCAUGUUCUUGAGUAAUGUGGAGGAUACGGCUCAACUGAACAUGGACAACGUCUAUCACGUUAUUUCCGAACUCGUCAGGUCUCAAACCUUUUCAAUUAGCAAAUACCUACAGUGGCUCAUGGCCAAAGGUGUUACCAAAGCCUCCAGGGCAAACAAUGGCGAGGUCAUGUCUAGUGACGUUUCUCUCCUCACGCAACUUCCCAUGGGCCGUCACCCAGAACAUAUUCGCAACCUCCGUCAGACACUAUUAUCUCGAGCUGGAUUGUCCUUGACGGAUGAGCGUUCUGCCAUUGAGAGCUGGAAAUCCUCUAUUAGCCAACGGCUGCCGAAUAUUUUCCCCGUCAAAUAUAGCAACGCCGUCCCUACCAGCUUGUCGAAACUCAACCCAACUUGGGCAGUCAAGUCUGAGGUUAGCAUGUGGGUGCGACAGGGGGUUGCUAAGCAUACGAGAGACACUGCUAGAAAAAUUGGAGGAAGCUCCCUUUCUAUUGAUUCUCGAGUCUCCGCUCUGACUGCUGGAGAGUUUUAUUGUAUUCGAGAGGUAUUAGAGGACUUCGGAGACCUUUCCAUCCUCGCAGACGUGCUCAAGCAGGCCACGGGAUGCGAAGAUAACAUGGUCCUUGCCUCGGCUACCGAUACCAUUAAUUACCAUUUCGAUGCCUUUUGUGUCAUUGGUGCCACGUCCGACUUGUUCAGAGGGCUUAUUGGGUCUUAUGCUCGCCUCAAGCGAUACGGUACUCUGAAUCUGGAAUUUGUAUUUUCGUUGAUUGAACUAGGACUGCGAAUCCCCGAUGAAUCCAGCACUGUUGCUCUUCUUCGCCAGGACCUCGCUCGGAUCGAGAGCAAGUCAGCAUUGGCAGCACCAUCGCCCCUGUCCGACCAUCUUCCAGCAGCUUUCUGCGAUGUUGAUGCCUCGUUUCAGGACAAACUGGACCAGCUUCUAUCCUCUGGGAACGGCAUCGAUGAAUCCUCAAUGGCUACAGUUUUCAAGUCCCUCACCAAAAUACUCGAAUAUGGGAGCAAUUUGGCAAAACUAUCGGCCAACGAUGCUUGCAGAUAUCUUGCUUACCUACGGCCGUUCAAUCCGAAGUAUUUUGAUCUCAUGCUUGUACGAUGGGUUUGUGGACUUUUAAGGUCUACGUCUCGGCCAGUGAUGUCUCGGAUUCUUCCACCCCUCAUUGGGGUUGGAUGUGUGACGAUCCAGAGCUUCGUGUCUUUGGUGAAGAAGCUAUUGACUUCAGAGAAAGCGAGCCCGGGAAUCCCAGAGCUGGCUAGCUUGCGACUAGACCUCCUCCAGCUCCUUGCCCCACAAGAAGAAAGUAAUACUGACUUGGUUUCCUAUCGCUUUCGUAUGGCGCGGCAAGAGUUUAUGAUCAAAUAUCCAGAGGCAACACUAAAUAUCAUCGAUGAUGCAGUUCCUUUACUUGAUUUCAAGCUCCAGGGCUCUAAUACCGGGCCUUUGCGCGGCGAUCUCACAGAAUGUGCAGCUACAUUACUACGCACCCUGCUUCUGCAAAACUCAAGCCUAGUGACGGGUUACUGUAUGCAAAAGCUUACCCAUCACUCACAGUUCACGACUGUCUUGGAGAAAGCAGUCGACCUUCUGUUGGGUUUUGAUCUCCAGCAUCGUGAAACAGAGUCCAGAUCGCAGGCCAGAAAAGUCAUCCUGGUGAACAAUGACUUUUCACUUCCAUUCUGUCAAUUGAAGCUUCAGCUACUGUUCAACGCAAAAGCUGGCGAUGAGGUUAGAAACAACAUAGUUGAUGUGAUGUUCAAGGCUGCUGUGGAAGAUUCUCGUUCUAAAAGAUCUCACUGGCUUGGUUUGGUCAAUCUGAUGAGCCACGACGCUGCACGACAGAUUCGAGAACAAGCGGAAAACAGCUUCUUCUCUGUUCCACUAUUUGAUGAAGCCGGGGAUGCUUCGUCCGCCUCUACAGCAACGAGCAGUACAAACUCCAUCGACAACGCCAAGCUGUAUCUCACCAUCAUUGAGAAGCUCGCGUUCAGCAUUCCCGAAGCUGGCGUUCCAUCUGUAGUGCCUCAUCUCGUGGAGAGGUUUGACCUGCUACUUCAAAAGCUUAUCAUUAUGCAGACGAAUCUGCACAGCUUCUCUGAGAACAGACACGGGAUGAGCUCGGGCCCGGCAGUCAUGUCUCGAUUCAACUUUGAACGGUCUCUUGCUUUCUGGUUCUCUGCUCUGCUCAGGAUGACUGUGCUUCAUCGCGCUGCCUUCACUGCACAAACGUCCUUGGCCCCCAAAACUGGCAGCCUGCAAGAACAGACACGUUUGCUUGUGUCCAUCUUCUGCAUCUCCCUGGCUCGCCUUCCAGAUAACAUCCUUCGCCUCUUUCCCACCGCCAAUUACUUCCCUCACAGCGCACAGCCUCAGAAUUUCCGGCCGUGUCCCGGGAUACUGCUGCAAACUCACGCUUUGGACGUCGCAGCGUCUCUUAUCGAUUCAUUUCCUGAUGAAGCGCGGCAUCAAUGUGCCCGCUUCCUAAAGGAGAAAUGCCCCCCUUUCCUUCAGUUCCAGAAUGACCGUCGAUUCCUCUACCUCUUGGGGCCUGUGGCGGACGGUACAACCGCCAAUCCUCAACUUCCUGCCUCUGUCUCAUCACCUGCCGCUGGCGGCUCUACACCUACUCCCACCCCUUCAGCUAAUCUUACAGGAGCUCCUGUCAACCAAUCACAACCCGUGGCCGCUUCAGCAAGUCACUUCCCUGGGUUAUCCGAGAACGUAAGCUCCGCCGCUGAUCGUCUUCGAAUCCAGCACCGCGGCCGCAUCAUUGGGCCAUACCCGGUCCGGCCUUGGGAGCUCCUAGAAGAUGCAGCUCCGAUCAUGGGCGUGAAUGACACCGCAGUGAGCCUGAAGCUUUUUGAUACCCGGCGUAUCAGAGCUUAGCAUGAUCUUCGAUAUACCUCUUCUGGCUCGAACAUCAGCUCCUACUUUUACUUGUUUUUGAGCCUGCACAUACACUGCAUGCAGGUGGUUAUGAUUAUAUCUUUGCGUCAUCUGUUCCCGGCAUUCUUCCUCGCCCAUGAUACCAUACAGAUUCGAUCAUAUGUUUCACUUUUAUAUGUCUUUCUUCCUAUGUCACAUGUCGAUUACCGGGUUUCCAUAGCGGUUUUCUCUCCCAAUAUCUUUCUUUACUUCUUUUUUGGCAUCUCUUUAUAUAUCUACUGGGUGACUUUGGCUCUGCGUUGGCUUAUAUACAUUUUGCGUGUGGAUGAUUUCUUUGGACUGUACAUAUAGACUGUUGGCGUUCGUACUAGGGCCGGAGGUGUUUCAUAGGUUCUCAUGUACGACUCACAUUUUUGAUCUACGACAUGGUAUAUAAUUGAAUACAUCAUAGCAUGCCUUUACAUUAUUC